AUGUUAACGCGUACUCGAAACGUGAUGUUCGUUGCUCUUUUUGGUAUAGUCGUAUUAGGAGGUCUUACAAGAUUAACUGAAAGCGGGCUUUCCAUUGUUGAAUGGAAACCAAUAACUGGUAUUAUUCCUCCGAUAACACUUUCCCAAUGGGAGGAGGAAUUUGAAAAAUACAAGCAAUUUCCGGAGUACAAAUUAUUGAAUUAUCGAAUGUCAUUAUCAGAUUUUAAGUACAUAUAUUAUAUGGAAUGGUCACAUCGAAUGUUGGGACGAAUGAUCGGACUGGUUGUGGUUUUGCCAGCUGCUUAUUUUGGGUUUCGCGGGUACAUGACAAGAUCCACAACUAAAAAGAUUAUGGGCCUAGUUGGAUUACUUGGAUUCCAGGGUGUCUUAGGAUGGUAUAUGGUUAAAUCCGGAUUAUCUGAAGAAUUAAUGUCAACACCGAGUUCUGUUCCUCGUGUUAGUCAUUAUCGAUUAGCAGCACAUUUGGGUAGCGCAUUUAUCCUUUAUUCAGGGAUGUUUCUGGCCGGACUACAAAUUUUGCGAGAUUCAAAGGUAGCCUAUGACACCUUUCCUAAGGAAGUAGCAAAAAUUCUUGCCAACCCUUCUUUAAAUAGAUUUCGUCGUUUAGCCAUUUGCACAGCCAUUUUAAUAUUUUUGACCUCCAUGUCUGGUGCUUUGGUAGCUGGCCUGGAUGCAGGAUUAAUUUAUAAUGAAUUUCCAUAUAUGGGAACAAGUAUAAUUCCCCCUAAAUCUGAACUAUUUUCUAAAUCAUACACAAAGUUUGGUGAAAGUGAUUUAUGGAGAAAUUUCUUUGAUAAUCCAACAACUGUACAAUUCGACCAUCGAGUGUUGGCCAUGACAACACUAUGCGCGAUAACAGCAUUGUGGUUAUAUUCUCGUCGACUUACACUUCCACCCAAAGCUCGUUUGGCAAUUAAUUCUGUUCUCGGAGUAAGUUACAUACAAGCUACCUUAGGAAUUAGUACCUUAAUUUAUAUGGUUCCUAUUCCAUUAGCAUCUGCACAUCAAGCUGGUAGCUUAACACUUUUAACUACUGCAUUAUAUUUGGUGCAUAAUAUGAGAAGGAUUCCAAUCAAGAUAUAA